AUGACGAAUUUACAUUUGAAGCUUUGUGUCCGAAUGACUGUUCCUAUAACUAUAUUAACUAUAGUCGCCGCAGAUUCUGUAUACAUGGUCAUUGUUCAUCAUGCUUCUGGAUUAUUCGCCAAAGCAACAGAAAAUAACCCUAUGUCAAAAAGUGAACGUACUGCAGAGAGCAAAGGAUAUCAAGACUUUAGGCAGUGUGUCAUAGCUCACAAUAAAGCCAUCAGGUUUUACAAAUUCCUGGAUAACCUGAACCGAAAUAAUUAUUUGAUUCAAGUAGGAUUUAACAUGGUCGGCAUUAGUAUCACAGCUUACCAAGUAAUGGGGCAUUUGGACGAACUCGACCUAAUCAUCAGAUACUCUAUGUUCUUUACUGCUAUGAACUUUCAUCUAUUCAUCCUCAGUCUACUUGGACAAGUACUCGUGGACCACCGUUUACAGUUAGGCACCAACAUAUACAUGUCCAAAUGGUAUCAAACACCAGUAAGAAUGCAAAGGGUACUUUACAUAAUACAAAUGAAAUGCAGUAAAGCGUGUUCAUUGACUGCAGGUGGACUGUACGACAUGAACAUACAGAAUUUUGGAAUGAUUUUUAAAAUGUGCAUGUCGUAUUUCACGAUGUUGCUCUCAAUGAAAGAGUAA